AUCGCUAAGCACAGCUCAAGUGUGAGUGUAAAAUGGUGUGAUUGUGUGAAAAUGUGUAAAGUACAAAUGCUGCGGCUGUUGAAGAAAUAUUUGUAGUGCGAGAAAGAACGACAGCAGAGUACGAGGAGGAACCUUCUCGAACAAAAGAGGAGAACGAGCGACAACGUCAACUAUUUGACGCUGUUUUCAAGAAGCUUCAAGUUGCGUUACACAUAGCAGACGACAGUGAAGGCCAUAGUUCCCCUGAGCAGCAGGAGUGGAACUCCAGGAUGGAGCAGGAGAAGCCACAGCCCCCCCACGUUAAAGAGGAAGAGGCGCAGCCACAUCCCUUCUACAUGAAAGCAGAAGAGAGGGAGCCACAGCCCCCCAACACUAAAGAGGAAGAAGAGGAUCACAGCAUCAGUCAGGAGGGCGAGCAUCUUGAAGGAUUGGAGGAGUUCCCAGUGAUAUGUGUCACUGUGAAGAGUGAAGAUGAUGAAGGUGAAAGUGAGGAGAAGAGAGAGGUGGAGCCUCCAAGCAGCAGCUCAACUCAACACAUGACAACAGAAGCUGAUGGAGACCACUGUGGAGGAUCACAAGCACACAACCUCUUAGCUCCACUAUCAGAUAGUGACGACACAACGUCACACUCUCCUGACACCGAUGAUGAAGACUCUAAAGCUGGUAUGACAUGUCACACUGACAACACACGCUGGAAAUGCUCUCAGUGUGACAAAACUUGCGUUCACAAGGGAAAUCUGAUAAGACACAUAAGACGGCACACAGGAGAGAAACCUUUCACCUGCUCAGUUUGUGGUAAAAGAUUUUCUCAGCAGUCAAAUUUGAGAGAGCAUGCAAGAAUACACUCUGGAGAGAAACCAUUUGCCUGCUCGGUUUGCGGUAAAAGACUCUCUAGUAAACGUGUUUUAAAAACACACACAAGAAUACACACUGGUGAGAAGCCUUUUGCUUGCUCGUUGUGUGGUAAGAGCUUCUGUAGUAAAGCUAUUUUAAACACACACACAAGCAUACACACUGGUGAAAAAAGUUUUCCUUGCACGGUGUGUGGUAAAAUAUUCUGUCAAAAAGGUGGUUUAAAAAGACACACAAGAAUACACACCGGAGAGAAACCUUUUGCCUGUUCAGUUUGUGGUAAAAGAUUUGCUAAUAAAGAUGUUUUAAAAGCACACACAAGCAUACACACAGAAGAGAAACCUUUUCCUUGCUCGGUGUGCGGAAAAAGAUUUUCUAGUAAAGCUGCUUUGAUAAGACACACAAGAAUACACACUGGUGAGAAACCUUUUUCCUGCUCAGUGUGUGGUAAAAGUUUCUCUCAUAAGAUCUCGUUGACAGGACACACGAGAACACACACUCGAAAAAAAACAUUUCUUGUUUGACGUGUUGUCAGCAACUCACAAAUAGUACAGAAUUGACGGAACACAUAACAAUACACAUUGGGGAGAAACUUAAAAACUUUUUUUUAAAGGACAUCCAGCUGGAUUUCAAAGAACACAAAAAGGGAAGCACAAAUAAGUAUUACUUACAAAACUUGAACCGAAAAAGACAAUGAAUUAGGUUGUAUUAAGGGACUUCUAACAUUGCUAACUGACAUUAUGAUGAAAUGUUUGUUUGUUUCAUGUAUCACAUGUAUGAACGCACAUUUCUUCUUUUAGAUUUUACAUUCGACCCUCAAUAAAUGAAACACACACAUGGGGGUCACAUGGGUUCAAUACCUGGCUGGGGUUGCGGCAGAAAGGGCAUCCGGUGUAAAAAAAUCUGAACUCAGUCUGGUAUACUUAUAUAACAAUAUGGUAUAUAAUUGUAGCGGGGCUCAGGACAGCCUAAAAUUAACCUAAUAACGUCAAUAGCCUCACUCAGCGAUGGUGUGAAUGUUUUGUUUGUCGUUAAGCGUCCUGUGAUUGUUUUUAGGAAAUAAAGUCUUUGUUUUCCACAUUUUGCAAUUGUUCUUUCUAACACUACAAGUACUUCCACAGUUGUUCAUCAAAAACAUUAUGGGACUUUGUGUUCCAAUGCUUUGGAGGUAUUUUUUUUUCAGCAUUUUUAUUUGAACUUUUUAGGUAGAUAUAAUAUACAAGAACAAUACGACAUACUGUAUCACUCUCUAUCACUGCAUUUAUGUUAUUUGUGUAUUUAUUUACACACUGAGGCUCCAGUAGUCCAAUCUACUCCUGGGAGCUUAGAGUAGUUAGUCCUUAGCCUCUGUAGCGCCUUACAAAUACACUGUGGAAGACCUGAGCAGCUCCUUCAGCAACAGCCUGUUCCAGCCGCAGUCCAGGAAGGAGCACAAUCGCAGGUCAUUCCUCCCCACAGCCAUCAGACUUUAUUACACACAAUUUAUUCAGUUCAUCUGGAAAUAGGGUCACCUUUUUCACUGGAUGCCCUUCCUGAUGCAACCCUGGCCAGGUAUCAAACCCAUGCCACCCAUUUGUGUAUGUUUCUUUAGUUGAAGAUAAAAUGUACUCCAGUAAUCCGUCGUUUAUGGCGGUUAAUUGGUUCCAGACCCCAACCGUGAUGAGUGAAUUUCCACAAAGUAGGAAAAAGAUCACAUGGAAUCGUUUCAUACAGUAGUUAGAGCAUAGAAAACCUAUUUACUUCUAAGUAGGGUUUUUAGAGCCCGCUAGACAUGAAAUAACACCCCCUGUAGUCACUUUUACAUUCCUAUAUAAAUCAAUAUAGUAUAAAUAAUAAGAGCAAAUAAGACAU